AUGACUCCUCAAACACCAUCUAAUCGACGACUGCGAGACGUCUCAUCCUCUUCUGAUUCCUCAGCAAAUGCAGUAAUGACUUCCUCGGCAGGAUUCGAGUCUGCUGUUGCGGCAAACACUGACGUAAACCUUCAGAAUAUGCCGGAUCCUAUCGCCAAUGAUGAAGGCUCUCCAAAAGCCAGGGCUCCCCAGACCAAUUUCGACUUCGACGACCUCAGUCUGCUGGAUCGUAUCACUGACGACGAAGCCUCUUCCGAGUCCAUGGCUAUGGCUCCCCGGACCAAUCUCAACUUUGCCGACCUGGAGCUGAAAAGAAUGCUUUCCAUUCAUAGCCAGGUCUCGACAACAUCUAGCUAUACCCACACUCAAGCACUGGGUACUGAAUCGUUCAGAAAGAUUGGCUUAGGUACUUUUGGCACCAUUCUUGCCCAGGAUGGUAAAUCGGUUGUUUUGACACUGGCCAAGAGUGGCGACGAUAAUACCUUACGGAAUGACUACAAACAGCAUUUAUUGAUUGCUAGUAGCUUUAAGAAAUACAUUAUUAACGAAGUUAGAAUACCCAACUGCAUAAACUUUAUUCCCAAGAGCAAUACAGAGUUCUUUCGCCAGCGUCCGAGCCUUGUUCGAGCAGCUGAAGGUACAUGCCACUUUCCGACAGGCGCUUUGAUCUCUGAGAGAAUUCUACCCCUUCCAAAACCUAUUCGACAACUUUUGAUCGAGAAAUACUGCAAUGAAAGAAUUAAAGCUGAGGCGACUAGCGCAGUUGGAAAUAUUAAUUGCCUAAUCCGGGUUUACCUAGGCUCUAUGGAAGGACGAGGAGCUGGAAGGUUCUUCUUACUGCAGAACUUUAAGAUGCAUCUUGGUAUGCUAGCUCGCAUCCAACUUAAUGUGGAUGGCAUGGCUCGUAGAAUGGGUCAUGCAAUGGCAGUAAUGCAUUGGGCGGCUAAGACCGAUGCCCGAGAUGUUGAGUUUGUUCUUGGCAGCUCAACAGCGAAAGGCGCAGCAGUUCAAGGCGCAAUUGAAGACUGCUCGCAGAGAAUUACAGAACUCUGGCUCCUAGAUUUUAACCAGGUAAAAAAUAUUACCAUGGAUAAAGCUGGUGUCGAUCAAGCUGUUGAGGCUGCAAUUACCAACGACCCACACUUUCCGAAGCCACGACGAAAGUCCUACGUUGAGAGAAGUGUGUGGAACUCGUUCGUCAAGCACUAUAUCAAGGUAUCCGAUGUUAUUAUCCGGGACCUAUAUGAUGAAAGUAUGGCAGAGUUACCACGGCUGUUUAUUCGGGGUCUUAUCAAUGCAGAAGCGAACAAGCAUGCUACGACAUAG